ACACCUACCGCAUGAUCAAUCGAGUCAUAAAAUCACUGGAUGCGUCGGUUAUAUUUCUCUUCGUGUCCUUUAUGCCAGCAAGCCUUUGAGGACAAUUCUCCAGAUGGAUUCGCAGGGAUCUUCCACCCUUAUCAUCAGCUACCAAUCCAAAGACAUUGAACUGUCUUCAUUAGAGACUCGGAGGCAUCAACUUGAAAGGCCCCCUAGCCACGGAGACACAUCGCUUUUCGCAAAUCCGGAACCUUCCUCAUCCUCAGCAAACGUACAAGUACUUCCACCUGUCGAUGAAGGCUGGCAAGCAUGGAUGUUUUGCUUCGCGGCUUUGGUGUUGGAGUUUUCCGUAUGGGGGUUCACAUUUAGUUAUGGCAUCUUCCAAGAAUAUUACACAUCUCAUCCGCCGUUCAACCAAGCAUCUCGUGUAAGUGUCGCUGCAGUGGGUCCAACUGCUAUCGCUGUUCAAUACAUAGAAGGUCUUCUGUUGUCAUUCUUCUACGGAAGAUAUCCGGAUAUGGUCAAGAAGUCUAUGUGGUUUGGACUAGCGCUGUGUGUCCUUUCGUUGACGCUCUGCAGUUUCGUGAACCAGGUCUGGCUCCUCAUUUUGCUUCAAGGUGUAGGAUUAGGUAUUGCCGGAGGGUUGCUUUACUGGCCUAUCAUUUCCUUCGUAUCAGAGUGGUUCGUCCAACGCAGGGGGCUUGCCGGAGGGAUCAUUUACGCUGGGUCCGGCAUUGGAGGUUUCGUCUUUCCAUUCCUGGUGAACGCACUCUUGGUCCGAUUUGGACACCGUUGGACUUUGCGUAUAAUUGCCUUGCUUCAAUGUAUCCUUGGAGGUGUUGCUCUCCUGGGUGUCCGGCCACGGAUCUCUCCGACGAAAUAUCAACGAGGUCAAAGACGACCGCAGCUUAUACCGCCAAGGAUACAGUUCUUAAAACGAAAAGUAUUCUGGGCAAAUUCAGCGACGAAUUUCCUCCAAGCAAUGUCAUACUUCCCUGUUUCCCUCUACAUUGCCGUUUUCACCGCAAGUAUCUCCUCACCCUUGUCCGCGACGAUCGUAUUGUCACUAUUCAACUCCGCCGGUGUCAUAGGUCAAAUCAUAAUUGGCUACUUGAGCGAUCGAUUCCCCUAUCCUUGGAUUAUGUUCACGAUUUCCAUGGGAAGCGCGAUUGCAGCCUUCCUAUUGUGGGGAUUUGCGGACACGCUAGCUCGUGUCUUCGCGUUCGCUAUUAUCUUCGGUAGUCUGAGUGGAGGAUUUCCAUCGGUUGCUUUCGCAGCAGCAACAGAUUCGGCCACUCCAAAUACAGAGCAAGCACCAAUGGCUUUGAGCGCCUUCUCCUGCGUCAAAGGCGUGGCUGCUAUCAUUGGACCCAUCAUCUCUGGUAUCUUGUUGGAAGCAGGAAAGACUAUCACUCAUGGCCCUUAUGGAAAGUUCGGUUUCGGACCUGUGGAGAUAUUUGUGGGCAGUUGUUCGUUGGCUUGUUCGCUUAGUAGUCUUGCUGUUGCGGCUACUCGACCACAGGUUUCAAGAUAGUCUGAUUAAGGUUACCUAGGAUGUGCUAAAGCUUGCUUGAUUAUUUACGUCAUUCACUGUCGCAU